ACCGUGCCAACCGGCGGCUCCAGCUGCACUCUCGAUGGACGUGAGCCUCGAGGAACUUUGAUAUGAAACAUUUCCUCAAGAGGAGGUCUAUUGGAGUCCAUGCUGACCACUGCGGAGGAGAUGGCCAUGCACCUACCCAGACCCCUGCGCCGACCUGGCCGCUAGAACAACCAGACAGCACUGCCGGCGACUACGAUCCUCGAAGCAAGAGCAGAAGUUACUAAGUGAACGAAAGGUUUUUCAUGUGGGUCAGUGCAUGCGUACAGACCACGUGUAUUUUGUUUUGGAGUAAUGGAAUACGAGGAGUACAAUGCAUCUCCAGGUGACGCACCGAUCAGACGAGCUGGGAUUGAAGUGAUACCCUGCAAGAUCUGCGGAGACAAGUCUUCAGGAGUGCACUACGGAGUGAUCACGUGUGAGGGGUGCAAGGGAUUCUUCAGACGAAGCCAGCUGCCCACUGUGUCUUACUCCUGCUCCCGGCAGAACAACUGCCAGAUCGACCGGACCAGCCGCAACCGCUGCCAACACUGCCGGCUGCAGAAAUGCCUCGCGCAAGGCAUGAGCCGCGAUGCGGUGAAGUUCGGACGGAUGUCCAAGCGUCAGCGGGACUCACUGUCUGCUGAGAUUCAAAAACACAAGCAGCAGCAGCAGCAAGAACAACAUCACCAUCAACAGCAGCAGCAGCAGCAGCUCCAGAGACACGUCACAAGGGACGUGCACUCCUACCUGGUAUGCUCUUCAAGCGAGUCCCCUGCUUCGGACCUGAUCUCCCGCGACUGCAGCGGCCUGGGGAGAGGGGACAGCGGUGGUCCUCCUAACCCCAGAGGGUUUGAUUCCAGACAGCCAUCUCUUGAGGUGAUGGGGAUUCAACCUUAUGACCUGCUGGAGGAUGCCUUUGGUCACUAUUCCCAUGUUCUGCAAAGCAGAGAGGACCUGUGUGGCAGUAUCCUGCGCUCCCACAGAGAGACCAGCCAAUACAGAGUGGAGGAACUGCACGAUCUGAAAUGGAAGUUGUUCAAUAGGGAGGAGAUACAGGCCUAUCAGAACAAGACGAUGGAUGAGAUGUGGCAGUAUUGCGCCAUCAGACUCACCGAUGGUGUGCAGUAUGUGGUGGAGUUCGCCAAGCGCAUCCCGGGCUUCCGUCUGUUCAGCCAGAACGACCAGAUCGCUCUCCUCAAAAGUGGGUCGAUGGAGGUGCUGCUGGUGAGGAUGAGCCGCUACUUCAACACAGAAAACAACACAGUGUUUUUCGACGGGAAGUUUGCUGGACCUCAAGUCUUCAAGUCCCUGGCGUGCGGGGAUCUCAUCUCGGCCGUGUUCGACUUUGCCCGUGGCAUGUGUGCUCUGGGUCUCAGCGAGCCCCAGACCGCUCUGUUCUCGGCCCUGGUGCUGAUCAACACCGACCGACCCUCUCUGGAAGACAGAGUGCAGGCUCACAGAGUUCAGAGAGACUUGGAGGUGGCACUCGCUCACAUGUUACACAGAGACAACCGAGAGAGCCUACUACACAAGCUUCACGAGAGGAUGGCGUUGUUGCGCUCGCUGUGCCGGCAGCACAUGGAGAAGCUGCAGUCCUUCAGCCACUGCUACCCCGACACGGUGCGCUCCCGCUUCCCCCCGCUCUACAGGGAGCUGUUUGACUCCGAGGCCGAUGCCCCUCAAGGGACGGCUCCCUGAGCCACCUGCUUUGGAUUCCCGUAGAAGCAUGCACACGUCAGACGCCACAUGUGCGAGCAUGCACCAUACACACACACACCACACACACACACACUCAACCUAUGAGAAUCAGAUCUUGUUGAUGUAGUAAUUAUAUAUUUGUACAACUUGGAAGUGGGAAAUAGUCCUUUGUUUGUUCUUUAAGUAUGGUGUUAUGUUUUCCCUCAGGAUAUAAUGUGUGUUAUUUCUAUCCGAUUUUAUCACUGUGUUCCGUCACUCGAUUUGAUAAAUAAUGCUUCUUCUCAGGAAUGUGUGUUAUAUUUGACAAAUGAGUACUUUGAUACACACAUAAGCAUUUCUGUCCAACAUCUGUUAUGUAUUUGAAGCAAAUCUUUUUUUUUUUAAAUCCGAGAGUAUUGGAUUUGUAUUGUUAAAUGUAUAUUCUUUAACAUCUUAAAUGUUGCGAUAUAUAUAUUUAUAUUUCUUUGUGUGUAAGCUAUUUUUAUAUGACCUUCAAUAUUUUGUGGUUUCUCUAUAUAGAUUCAACAAAAAAACAGGUUAACAAUCAAUUGACAUUCUACUAAGCCUGUUUGGUUGUUAUGUUUUUGGAAGGCUACGAUAGCCAUAUGCAAGAACUCCAAUAAACUGUUAAUACAUUGAAGAAUAAAACAUACGUCUUUCUUUAAAAUGACCUACUGAAUAACACUUAAAUGAAUAGCUAAACUGAGUCUGUUGAAUCUAUUAAAUCAGGCUGGCUCUGGCUGAUAAUGAAAGAAGAAGUUAACCCACAACAAAUUACGUUAGUACUCAAUGUUCAAGGACCAAGCCUGUGUCUUACGAGAAUCUUACCAAACGUUGUCAAGGACAGUGGCAUAAACAAACCAUGUUUGGCUUUCAUAGAUAUGACCGUAAAACACACAUCAAACAAGAUGUGCUGACAACAUUAGUGCAGAGCGAUGUUGAAACUCGGAUAAGGGGAAAUUACUGAAAAUGGCUUGUGUUUAUUAAAUGUGGUCAAGUGAUCCCUCCCUAACAA